AUGCGCACCUACGUGUUGCUGGCCGCAUUGGCGGUGGCCGGCCUCUCGAAGCACGUCGAGCUGCCCGCGCCCUACACUGAUUUCUGUAUCCUCGACAAUGGCACCAAUCGUUACGAUCCGGGCGAUCAGUUUGAUGUGCCGUGGUUCAACAUCGACCUCGACGCCGACCCGUCGCAGCGCUGGGUGCAAAUUGCCAAGCGCUACAAGCAGGACAUCCACGGCCUCAUCCAAGUACUCGUCGACUUCAUCACCCCGAUUUUCCCGGGUGCACUCGACUUUGUGGACGGUGUCUUUGCCGAGACGAUCGAGAAGUUCCAGUCGCCAUAUCGUGAGGAGCUCAUUUCGAUCUCUCAAACGGCCGACAUUCCAAUCGGCCAAGUGGUGCUGUACAACAUCUUCUACGAGAUUUUCACCGUUUGUACGUCGAUCGUCGGCCAGGAUGCGUCGAACGAUAUGUACCACUCGAGGAACCUCGACUUUGGCCUUUUCCUCGGCUGGAACUACACGAAACACGAGUGGGAAAUCUCGCAGCAUUUGCGCAAAAUGAUCCUCAACGUCAACUGGAUCAAGGACGGCAAAGUCCUCUACAAAUCCAACCACUUUGCCGGCUACAUUGGCAUCUACAACGCGCUGAAGCCAGGCAAAUUCUCGCUCACCGCCAACGAGCGCUUUAUGGCUGAUGGCGGCCUUGUCGGCAUUAUCAAGUGGCUGCUAGACGAGGAGCCGAAUGGGAAGUGGAUGACCACCCUCGCCCGCGAGACCAUGGAGAAUGCUAACACCUACGCCGAGGCGAAAGACCGGUUGAUGAACGUGCCGAUGUUGUCGCCCGUCUACUACAUCUUGGGUGGUGUCAACCCGUGGGAGGGAGCUAUUAUUACCCGUGCCCUGAACGGCACGGAUCUGCUGACAGAGCUGGACCCGCACUCGCCAAAUGGCUGGUAUCUCCUCCAGACCAACUACGAUCCCGACGUUGAUCCGCUGUACCUCGAUGACCGCCAGACACCCGGAGAUCGCUGCAUGCGCAAGCUCGGCCAAAAGGACAUGGGAUUCCAGGGUAUGUACAACGUGCUCUCGUCGAAGACCAACCUCAACAAGCUGACCACCUACACCGUCCUCAUGCACGUGAAAACCGGUCGUUUCGAGACGAUCAUCCAGGGUUGUCCCGGGGACUGCUGGCCAUUC